UGACUAAAGGUGGACGAGCGGAUCUUUCUCCGAUAUGCCAUUAACGAGCAUUGCUAUAUUGGGGGUAAUCUGAACUUCCGGCCGUAUGGCUGGACGAUCUGAUUACGAUGUGCAAUGGGCUUUGCCGGGAUCGGUCGGGACAAAAUCAAACCUGACCGAUUGACCAAACGUCCAAUCUCCGCAGGACGAAAGAUGUCGGCACUCUCCACACAUGAUCCGAAAAUCGUACGAAUCCUCGAUUCGUACGAGGAUUCGGAUUUGGAUUUGCUUAGGAGGACCAAUUGCUGUCGGAAGUUCAUCCAGUUUGUUCCCCUUGCCUCCAGGACCAGGAAUUCUAUAUCUUUGGUUUUACCCCAAGUGAAAUAUUACAGUUUAGAGGAGAAACAGUUCCAAUGGAGAGCUCAGCAGUUGUACCUACUGAUGGAGGAAACUUUUCAAAGGUCCCAGAUAGGAACAUCUCUGAAACACCCAUACAAUUAAAAAAAGAGGACACUCAGAGUCUAAUAACCAGUUGUCCCCGCUAUCCGCAGGAUGCAACAAAAAUUCCCUCACACACAAGGAACCAAAUGCUGAUCCAUCAGAGAAAGGACACUGAUUCAUCAGAGAAUUUACAUACAGACUCUGAGGAAAAUACUUUUCAAAAUAGUAAUUUUGUCUCAAGCCAGAAAAUCCACACAGGAGAGAAACCUUUCACUUGUACAGAAUGUGGGAAAAAAUUCUCUCAUGAGUCCACCCUUUACCGACAUCAGAAAACCCACACAGGAGAGAAACCUUACUCUUGUACAGAAUGUGGGAAAGAAUUCUCUGAAAAGGCCCACCUUUCUAAACACUAUAAAAUCCACACAGGAGAGAAACCUUUCUCUUGUACAGAAUGUGGGAAAGAAUUCUCUGAUAAGUCCAGACUUCACAAUCACCAUAAAAUCCACACAGGGGAGAAACCUUACUCUUGUACAGAAUGUGGGAAAGAAUUCUCUGAGAAGUCCAGCCUUCAACAUCAUCAGAAAAUUCACACAGGGCAGAAACGUUUCUCUUGUACAGAAUGCGGGAAACAAUUCUCUAAUAAAAGCAACCUUCGUACACACCAGAAAAUCCACACAGGAGAGAAACCUUUCUCUUGUACAGAAUGCGGGAAACAAUUCUCUAAUAAAAGCAACCUUCGUACACACCAUAAAAUCCACACAGGGGAGAAACCUUUCUCUUGUACAGAAUGCGGGAAGGAAUUUUCUCAUAAAAUACACUUUUACUCACAUCAGAAAAUCCACACAGGAGAGAAACCUUUCUCAUGCACAGAAUGUGGGAAAGAAUUCUCUCGUGAGUUCAGCCUUCGCAUACACCAUAGAAUCCACACAGGAGAGAAACCUUUCUCUUGUACAGAAUGUGGGAAAGAAUUCGCUGAUAAGUCCAACCUUCACAAUCACCAGAGAAUCCACACAGGAGAGAAACCUUUCUCUUGUACAGAAUGUGAGAAAGAAUUCUCUCAUAAGUUCAGCCUUCACAAACACCAGAAAAUCCAUACAAGAGAGAACCUUUCUCAUGUACAAAAUGUGGGAAAGAAUUCUCUGAUAAGUCCAACCUUUGUAGACACUAAAAUCCACACAGGAGAGAAACCAUUCUCCCCGGAACAGCGAGUAUUCCAAUUCAAUACACGCAUCUUUUCCUGGCUGUUGGAUUCAUCUAUUCCAUGCUUCACCUGGGCAAGUUGUGAAUAGUGCACUUCUUCCAAACCACUGAGGAAGCUUGCCAGUGGCUCAACAACCCGUGGUGCAACUGAUAUGAGCAUCUCGUGAUUAGUAGGGCCUACUUAUGUUUACCCUACAUGCCUACUGCACAACAGCUACAGAUUAUGCACAAUGAGACUGUUUGGUAAGUGCGGGAACUCAGGGAAAAGGCGUAACAAGCCUAUUGGCUGUUUCGUUUAUUUGAACUUGGCUACAACGCACAAAUUUGGCCUCCAUAUAAGACUGUAGGUCAACCAGUGCAGAGUGGUACAUAUAGUGGGCAAAACAAUGCACAGGAGGAUUGAAUACCCAUUGGAGUAGUACUCAACAUAGAUGAUGCUUGCGUACACUGCUUAAAUCUAAUACAAGGCUAAACUGGUGCCUCAAAAGCAGUGAAGCUAUUGGAGCUCCAAAAAUACUCAAUGCAGUAUUUGAGGUCCAACUCUCCCUGGGAUUACAAAUUCUAAGCAGAUGCCAGUAAGCAGACUCUUAUAGGAAAAAGUGGAUAAGAUGACAUUGGUACUAUGGACAAGGAUUUUCAUCGCUGUUCAUUAACCUGGGCACACUGUUAAGCUGGAAACUAAAAGUAACAAGGUGCAUGCCGGACAUAGGGCAAAUGGUCUUCAAGAUCUAGCUAUUGUAAUAUCACCUGGAAAGGCUCCCUGGCAGUGACAGAGACAAACACUUGCCAACCCUAUGGACGUGAUGGACAGUGUCAGACUGGCCCCCCGGGAUACCAGGAGAACUCCUGGUGGGCUCAGGUGUCAAUGGGCCCUUGUGCUGCUAAACAUUUGACCUAUUUCAUGGUCAUUCUUUAUUUCAAUGAGAACAAAAAGGCUAAAUAGAUGGAAUAAUAGAUUAUAGUAUUAUAUUAUGUAAAUAGAAGAGGCUAGGAGAAUAGUGAUUGAGUGAG